UGGUAGUUAGUGCUUAAUUAUGUGAAUUGGAAUUCAGUAAUGAUGAAAAAUCACCUCAACAGCAGUCGAGUGCAGUGUGGAGCCUUUUGGGUACUAUUAGUUCUUCUUAUCACGUCCCAAGUGUGUUGUUUGCAAGGUGACAAUGUGUGCUAUCGUUAUGAGAGCUACAUCGAAACGGAAACCAUUCCACGCAAUCAAACAGUGCAGGUGCUAACAAGGCAGUGGUGUCUGGAGAUACCACCAAGAUGCACCUCUUAUCGCACGGAAAUCAAGGAAGUGUUUGUUAAGCAGAACGUCACCAAGACGCGACGCGUAGAGUUCUGCUGCGAAGGGUACCAGGAGCGGCGCAACGGAAACGGAACCGCCAGCGAGUGUCGUCCAAUAUGUCGCGGUGGAUGCAUCCAUGGCGAAUGUUUGGCGCCGAAUGUGUGCACUUGCGAGGCUGGAUUUGGUGGUAAACAUUGUCUGCAGCGAUGCCGAAACGGAACGUGGGGUGUGAAUUGUCGGAAUCGAUGCCACUGCCAGAACUAUUCGCAUUGCGACACAAAAACUGGCCACUGUCGGUGCAAUGAGGGCUGGAUGGGAAAAUUCUGUGAAACUCCCUGCCCGGAAGGAUUCUUUGGAACGAUGUGUAUUAGCAAGUGUAAUUGCACCACCCGCUCAUGUCAUCCCCAGACAGGAGUCUGUAUGCCGGACGAUGAGAUAGUGAUGUUUGACAACAUCACCAGAACGAUAGAGAACAGUUACUCAUCCGAAAGCACUGAGCGAAUAUCGGCCGAACAGUGGAUCAAAGUCGAUAAUGAAACACUUUUGCUAACUAGCAGUACAACAACGAUGGCCGACAUUUCUACGACCUCUUCUAGCACAACUAGCACUGCUAGCACUUCCCCCGAGACUACCACCACCAUCACCACGACGGAAGCUACCGGCCAACUGCUACCGAACGCAACCUACGCCGAGUCGUACCACGAGUACCUGCCAAACAACACCGAGAUGAGCAUGGUCCUCACGAAAGGUCACUCACGAUCGGCCAGCAACGAAAGUGUGUACGAGCUAGUGACGACCACUUCUCGCGUCGAGAUCACCUUCAUCGAUACGGCGGUAAAGAAAAUUGAAGAUCCCUCCACGUACAACACCACCUCCCAGGGGGAAGAAUUGUCCGCCAUUGCGAACGACAGCACGAACGACACGGACACACAGCUAGUGUACCUGGAGUCGGAAAACCACCCCGUGCUGGUGGGUAUCGCCGGGGAUGGUACGGCACAGAGUGGCGCAAAUGAUCGACAGGCGCUCGUGACGAUCUCCUGUCUGCUGAUCACACUUGCCCUACUGCUGUCGGUGGUCGUUUAUAUGAAGCGGUUGAAUAGGAAAACGCUUGCCAAACCGGCUCCCACGGCACCGCCACCGGUGAAGAUUGUGGACGAGAGUGUUCAGACGGGGACUGAUUCGAAUCGCUCGUCUGAUCCUCUUCCCGAUCUUCCACACGUAACGUACACGAGGGUGAAACCGAAACUGCAAAGAAAUGGAGACAUUGAACACUACGACGUACCGGCAAACAAUAGCUUCAUCCAUCGGGCUAAAUCUUCACCGUACAACUACAACUUUUCGCUCAAUCAAAAGCAACCGCCCAGAAAGUAUAGCCUUGAGCAUAUCUACGACGAAAUUCAGUACCCACCGUUGGCGGAAGUGGCGAACGGCACGACACAGUCCGAUAAGUUGACGGUACAGAUGGGUGAGAAGGAUGACAGCUACUCCAAACCGAUGGUUCCCACUUUUAUCGGGUUAGACCCUGCGCAACCUAACGUGACCGUUAUGAAUCUGCAACGAUCGAACGAAUCGGUGAGUGCUCUCGAUCGCUUCAUGAACAAAACCAAAUCACAGAUUCCGGCCGGUGUGUGCUUUGAGGAAGUGCCUACAGUUUCGCUGUUGAAGUACAACCCUGUGGGAUAUGUACCGCAAGGGAACGGGUCAAAUCCUUCCCUCAGCCGCAUCCAGGUUUGUUGUCCCGGAUAUGAGCGUAACGUUCACAACUUCCGCAAGUGUGAGCCCGUAUGCGAGGAACCGUGCCUGAAUGGGCUUUGCGUUGGACCGAACACAUGUGAAUGCUAUCCGGACUUUGUAAGGAACGUGCAAGGACGGUGCGUUCCGACUUGCCCGAUCGGAUGCGAUCAUGGAGACUGUGUGGUCGGAACGGGUGAAUGUCGCUGCCACGAGGGUUACGAGCUGGAACCAACGAGCGGCAAGAUGUGUGUCCCCAAGUGUACCGGAGGAUGUGGUCAGGGACGGUGUGUGGAUGUGGAACGAUGCCAGUGUGGUGAGGGAUAUACGUUCGAUCCGAAGCAUAAAUGUGCUCCGCACUGUGAUGGAGGCUGUGAGAAUGGACGGUGCCUUGCGCCGGGAGUUUGCAAGUGUGAUGAGGGCUACGAGAUGCAGGAGCAAGGCUGUGAACCAAUUUGCAGCAAAGAGAUUCUAAACCGUGUUUCAACAAAAAUGCUUUAUCUCAAGAUCAUUGCGACGGGUAUUGUGCUGCUGCUGGGAAUCCUUUCAACCGCAACCGUUAGUGCAGCAUGCUCCAAAACAGUCGUAAAAACGAGGGUGGAGGUUAAGAAUGGAAAACGGGUGACGGUGAUCGAUCAACCAUGCUGCAAGGGAUACAAACGGGUGAAAAUACGCUGUAUCCCGAUCUGUUCGCUGCCCUGCGAGAAUGCCAAGUGCACUGCACCGGAUGUCUGCACCUGCAACGCUGGUUACGAGAAGCUGUCAGACAGUCGAUGCAUUCCGCACUGCAACGAUUGCGAUAAUGGUAUCUGCACGAUGCCUGGCUACUGCCAGUGCCAUACCGGUUACACCCGAGCCGACAAUGGCACGUGUUUGGCAGAGUGUAACAACUGUGCGAAUGGAUUUUGCUUGCUGCCCGAUGCAUGCCAAUGCUACGACGGUUACGAACUGCAAGGACUCGACGAGCAACGCUCCUGCCGACCCGUGUGCGAUGGCGGCUGUCUCAAUGGGCAGUGUGUCGCACCGGAUGAAUGUUUGUGUGGUGAUGGAUACACGCUCUCGCAGUAUGGUGAAUGUCUUCCACCGACCACGCCUGCACCGCGCUGCCCGGACGGGUAUGUGGAUGAUGGGUACAGUUGCAGUCCAGUGUGCUCGGAACCGUGUCAGAAUGGGACCUGCGUUGCACCGGAUCAGUGCGAAUGUUUCCCUGGAUAUUCGUCCGAUAAUUCCAGCUCCUCCUUUCUAUGCCAACCGGUCUGCAAUGGAGAUUGUACGAAUGGGGAUUGCAUAGCUCCAGGCGUUUGCAUAUGUCACGCACAGUACGGAAAGAUCGGCGACGAUUGCAUACCGUUGUGUGAACGAUGUUCGCUGGGACACUGUGUGCAACCGAAUGUGUGUGUUUGUGAUCGUGGCUAUCGGUUGAUCGAUGGUGACUGUGAACCGAUCUGCGAGACGGAGUGCAUUAAUGCGAUCUGUACCGGGCCAAAUGCGUGCACCUGUCUGCCGGGAUAUAAUUACACCGAUAUUAAUGCCCUUUUCGACUGUUUGCCCGUUUGUGAACAGGAAUGCAUCAAUGGGCGAUGUGCGGCACCGGAUAGGUGUGAAUGCAAUGAAGGAUACGUGCCAGAUGAGGAGAAUUCGUGCAUCCAUCCGAACGACUUGUGCCGCAUGAAGUGUACAAAUGGACAUUGUGACGGUGCCGAAUGUAUCUGCGAUGCGGGAUACAUUAAACAUCCCACCGAAGGACACUGUGAGAAAACUUGCCCCAACGGUUGCACGUUUGGUGAUUGUAAUGGGGGUGAGUGUUUGUGUCAUGAUGGGUACCGUUUAUCGCUGGACAAUGCGUCCGUCUGUGAACCGAUCUGCGGUGAAGACUAUGACUACAGCAGUGCUGGCUGCAUCAAUGGACGGUGCAUCCGGCCGAAUGUGUGCCAGUGUGAGGAAGGCUAUGAGUUUGUCGAUGCUAACCAAACACGCUGUGAAUCGGUGGAAGAGCUCACACGUCAGCGGUUGGCACAGGAACGGAUGGCCGAGUGCCGCAGGAGUUGUCGCUAUGGGAAGUGUCGUGCGGGUGAGUGUCGGUGUAAUGAAGGAUUUGCACAUCCGGAAGGAAACACGCUCAGUUGUAAGCCCGUGUGUAUGGAACCGUGCCGGAACGGAACCUGUAUACGACCGGAUCAGUGUGAGUGUAAGGCAGGAUUCGUGUUUGUCGAGGGUAGUCAAAACCACUGUCGAUCAGAGGAAGAACUGUUGCGGGAAGCGUAUGAACGGUGCAAGGGUCGUUGUCGAAAUGGAGAUUGCCAUGGUGAUCAGUGUUUCUGUAUGUUAGGAUACAAACCAUCCAAUUUGGAUCCUUACGACUGUCAGCCAGUUUGCGAGCGACCUUGCGUCAAUGGCACGUGCGCAGGAAAUGAUCGUUGCCAUUGCUUGGAGGGCUAUGGACUGAACGAUGAGGAUAACCAUAUCUGCAACCCGAUCUGUACGUCUGCAUGCAUCAAUGGGGAUUGCGUUGGUCCGGAACUGUGUUCGUGUUACGCCGGAUACAUCUUGGCGGAGAAUAGCAACAGUAUCUGUGUGAAAGAGGAAACACCGGAGGAACGAUCAGCCCGCCUACGCCAGCUUACGUGCGAACGGGAAUGUUCAAACGGAUGGUGUGAACAGGGUGAGUGUCGUUGUGUGCAGGGUUUCUAUCACGAGAAUGGCCACACGUUCCGGUGCGAACCGUACUGUGAGCGACCAUGCGAGAUGGGUCGCUGUAUCGGGAACGAUACGUGCGAGUGUCUUGUGCGGCAUGAGCUCGUCGAGCCAUUCGUAUGUGGUCCCAUCUGUAGUGAGGAUUGUGUACGAGGGUACUGUGCAGCGCCAGACGUCUGCCGUUGUCAUGACGGAUACGAAAUGGUGAACGGUUCGAGCAAUGUUUGCGAACCGGUGUGUGGUGUGGAAGGCUGUACGAAUGGUGUUUGUGUAGGGCCGAACGAAUGCAGCUGUCUGGAUGGAUACUAUCAGGAUCCGGAUGAUCCGCUGCUGUGUCAUCGGGAGCUGAGCGUAAUACAACAGAUCACUGAUCAAAGUAACUCUGGUGGCGAAUACUACAAGAUGUCCUACAUCCACUACUUCAUCCCGGUAAUUGCAGCCGUAGCACUGAUCGUAGCCGUCCUAAUCGUGAAGAUGAUCGUACGCAACCGCCAGAAGGACUAUCACGUCGGCAAGCUCGGUAAUGUACAGGGACGUCGCAAGUCGGCGUCAAGUAACAGGGCCAGCAAGCGCAACACCGCCAACCGUACCACCGAUUAUAACGAUUACAAUCUGGUCGUUCUCUUCCCUACAGAGAGCAAGGAAAACUGUGUCUACUUCAUGCCGAAACCGGACUCCAAGACGAACGAGCUCACAAAAUUGAAUCUCGAAAUUGAAACCAUCUGAAAGCGCUCACCUCGGCUUGGGGAUCUU